CACACACAGCAAAAAAAAAGGAAGACAUAAGCGAGCGUGAGAGCAUCGCUGGGUGAAGUAGGAAACAUGUAAGGCAGCAUGAAGGACGCAGGAUCACAGCAGGUGCGGUGAGCUGCUGAGGAACAGGCUGCUGCUCCACCAUGUCCACCGCAGCGGAUCCACUCACUGACGAGACGGCUGUGUUGAUCUUGAAUCACACUGGAUGGAGAGGAUUGAAGCUUCUUUAAGAUGACACGAACGCAUCCCCCUGAUAUACUGGCAUCGACUCUAUAUCAGGACUUUACUCUACAUCCCCUCACUGACUCUGUUUCUCCACAGUCCUCUCAGCGAUGUGACUCAAAAAUGAUUGACAAACCAGAAAUCAUUAACAAAAGACACUGCCGCAGCUUUGACUUCAUUGAGUCGCUGGAUGACCCCCAGUCCUUCUCUUCCUCCAUGGAGUACCCUUACAAGAGGGCCGAGCAUCAGACAUUGAACAAAGAUCUAAUGUGGAAUGGACUUGAUCAACCUGGGCACCUUCGCUUUUCAUCUCCUGACCUUUUCAACACCAGGCAGUUCCAGCAGCAGCAGCAGCAGCAGCAGCAGCAGCAGCAGCAGUCCACCCAGGACAAAACGAGCCAUCUUACAUGGUCAGAUUCUAAAAAGAGAACAAGAUCUAAAAGUACUCCAAGAAUCAAGGCCACCCUCACUCCUGUGCCCAUCUCUGUGUCCCCUCCAGGGGCUGGAAAAGGAAGGGAUGCACCCCAGGCUGUGUCAGAUACUUUGAGGACUUCUGAAACACAACGUGAGGCUUACUCCUCAAACAGGGCUUUCUUGAAUGAUGUGCAUCCCUCCAAACUGCAACACCAUACUCCUCUCUAUGUUUCAGACUGUUUUGAGGAGGAUAAACCAGAGAAACCAGCUAUAACCCCCCAUGUCAGGUGCCGUGUGGACAUUAAACCAGAUGCUUCUGUUUUGCAGCACACAUCAAGGCAGGUUCCUAAUCUACGAACUGACCAUCUUUGGCAGAGAUACUCUCAGGCCAGCAGUAGAGGUUUAUAUGUACCACGACAGAUUGUUUCCUCACCAACGCCCACUCCCAGCGAAUGCUACAGUGGAGAUUUUAGGCAGGGAUACCACUAUACCACCAGCAUGUCUCCCAUUUCUUACCAGCAUUUGGACAUGCACAGGAUGCCAUCACCAACAGCACCAUAUCUCAGCCAAGAACAAAGAGCUUACUCGAAUCCAAACAUACCAACCAAGUUUUUCUACACAGAAGACCCUGUUCGGUAUUCAGUCCAUCCCUACUCUAGAGCAUACUACCAGGAUGAUCGAUCCAGCCUAACCAGCCAUGGUAGUACAAUGACUGGUCCAUAUGACCCAAGGACUCGCUGGGUGCACACUCUUCCUGUAAGGUCGUACUACACCGACCAACUUUCCAACAGAGACUCAGUGAACUCUGUAUAUAGUAGGCCUUACUCCACAAGUGAGGCAGGAUCGUACUUCUCUCAAACUCCACUGUCCAGAUCUUUUUAUGGAGACGAUAGCCGCUUCAAUCCAUACCACAUGAGUAACCCAAGGUUGUUUUAUCCCAAACCCUACGGUUCCCCUGAGGAGCAGUACUUUCCGAGGCCAUAUCAUACCGAGGGUCGCAGACGCCCUCGAAUGUCCCAGGCCUUUUCUGAUGACUGGUAUCGCUCAAGCAUAUCUGGCUACUCUAAUCAGUCCUCUCAGAUCACACCUCCAAGAGUUGGACAAGACCCUAGUAUACCGCCUUGGUUUGCUAACAGCUGUUUUGAGAGCAGCAGACUAGGAGCAGAGGUCAGGAAUCACUCAAAGUCUUGGGAUAAUAUUCUGUUCCCAAGGCAUGACAGAGAGCAAUCAGUAGCUCGUGGGCGGAGCUAUGAGAAUCUGUUCUACCAAGCCAGGAAUGGAGCAUCCUCUGAUGUUACAUCUCAACCUGUUAUUCUUAAUCUCUCAAGUUCUCCAAGGCGCUAUGCCGCCCUUUCGCUCUCUGAAAACUCUUUAGAGAAAGCCUCAAGCAACCCCUGGAGGAAUCCCAAGGGCGGGCACUGGUUCAUCACUCCUGAGAUCACUAUAACAGACAAUGACCUGAGUGCGGGCAAGAACAAGCGGCGUGAUGUGCACUCUGUCAGCUGGGAUAUGUUGGAUGGCGAAAAGACACCAUCUCCUAGAGUGAUGCAUCAGAAGCAGCAAUCCAACUCAGCGGACACAACCAAAGACAGGAAACACAACAACUUCUCCCUUCAGCAGAGUCUAGAGCAACUGGAUGAGCUCUUGGCUGAUUUGGUCAUUGAUUACAAACCGCCAACUAGCAGGAAGUCAAGUGAAGACCUUAUAGACCAGCUUAAACAACUAAUCACUGAAGAUGAUGACAAAGACCAGUCUUCCUCUGGACUUGAAAACUUAGGGAGUCCGAACACUCCACUUCCAUCUUCCAAAUCCAGCCCUGACACUAUCAAAGACCCUGAUAGUGGGUGCGAUGCUUUACAAAGGAGUGCAGAAGAAUGCUCUCCAGACCACAGCACAGAUGAAGAUGACACAAUGGUGUGUGCUAACAAAAAGUGCAACCGAACCGAGAACAUGUUCAACGCUUGCUUGUACUACAAAUCAUGCCACAGUUGCUACACUUUCUACUGCUCACGAAACUGUCGAAGAGACGACUGGGAGACCCACAAAGAAACUUGUCUGUAUGGUCGUGUCAACAGUGUUUGCAGACACUCUCUCAAGUUCUGCAGAGAAAAUACAGAGAUCCACAAAGCCUUUUCUCGGGUUGCAAAAGCUGGUUACCUCUCCAGAGGAAGAGGCAUCCUUUUUCUGGGUUUUGCUAAUCCAGAGACAGCUGACAACUUCCUGCAGGUUGGGCUGGAGAGCCUCCUCAUGUCACCCACGUACCUUUCUCUCAGAGAGCUGGAUGGCUUCAAGGACAACCUUGGUGAAUACUGCAAGGAACUGCAGCUGGCAGGGAAUGAGUAUGACCCCAAUGAAUGUUUUCUUUUGAAUGUAUCCAUAGCUGUUGGUGAACUAGUGCCUAACAGACCUUCACCCAGGGUCCAAGCACCAACAGUUCGCAAAUAUGCAAAGGUGUCCUUGGCGUCCUCGAGCCCUGACAAAAAGGUGCUCAAGAAGGAGAGUGAAAUGGAAACACUCAUCCUCACUCCACCUCCAGGCACACCGGACAUUGAUAAGGAGGGCGAGGAGGGAAGAAAAGCCAGGGAAGUGUGCUUUGUCAAUAUCCAGCGUGAGCUCAGGACCAGGGGAGUGUUCCUUCGCCACGAGUACCCCACAAUCUAUAAUCAGCUGUGUGAGUUUGUCGAGAGUAACAAAAGGUUCACCCCGACUACAAUUUAUCCAAUAGAUAAGAGAACAGGGAAACAGUUUAUGUGCAUGAUCAUGGCUGCUUCAGAGCCAAGAACACUGGACUGGGUGGGUACCCCUCAUCUCCUGGAUGACAUUAUAUAGUAGAGCACUAAUUAGUAAUGAUGUCAGUUACAUUAAAUGUACAUACUGUAAAUACAUGGUGUGGUUUAGCAAAUUUUAAAAUUGAUAUGGAAAUAUGUUAAUAUACGUAUGUGACCAAGCUCUCUUUCUUUCUCUUUCUUAUAUUUCUGUUGCCACACUCACUAACACACACACACAAAACACACAGACAGUGCAUACACACACUUUCAAGGCUGUCCUAUGUUGCAUUUGGCUUAUUUUGAUCCUGUUGCACUCUGAAGAGUAAAUAGCCUGCAUGUAGACUAGGCAAAAUCUCAGUUAUCCAGGUGUUGAAGAUGUGAACAUGUAUGAUCUGUGCAGUUUCUGCUGAAAAUGUUUGAAGCACACAAUAUUUAUGAUGAAAUCAUGUUAUUGCAACCAUAAAAUAGUCACAGGCACAACCAAGACAUUCAGUAUAAUUUCUCCAACAAGUAUCAUAACAGAGAUUUAUAUUAUACCUUGUUGCAGUGGUUGUAAAUUACAACUCCUUAAAUACAGACGUAUUACUUCCCAAGUAUACUGUAGUCUUGUGGAUAUAUUUUCAAUUUUCAAUUCUUAAAUCUCUUUAAGUUCUUGUUUAAAGAUAAAGAGGUACAAUCAAAUCAACAAUUUGUUUUCCCACGUCAUUAAAAAUGUUAAACUCAUCUCAUCUAAUUUUAAGACUUGAUUUCAUUCUUGUGUAAAUUGCUUUGUUUGAAAGUGGCCUUCAGUCUAAAAAAUGCAUUUGACACAAAGCAAUGUAUAGAUUAAGCUUUUUGUAAAGCCUUGACAGCUCUGGACUUAGGUUGUUUGAAAUACCAUUGUAAAUGAACAAUUAUUUUGCUCAAAGCAUGUUAUUUAUAUUCAGGUAUUUUAAUAUUGAUAUUGCUUAAAAGUUGAAUUUAUUAUGUUAAUGAAAUACCAUUUGAUGCUUAGAAAUGUAAGAGGUAUAUAUAUUGAAUAUAAGAUCAUUUGAACAUCAUGAGACCUUAUUGUAACUAGUACCACAUUAUGUUCUUAAACAAUAUGCAAUAAAAGAGCAACCUUAACAUAUUUAUUCUAAAAUACUAUUUUAUUAUUAUAUUGAAUAAUCCCUUGGAGCCAAGUGGCUGUAAAGACUUUGUUUGCACUAAAACUUUAAAUUACAAAAUGAGAAUGUUGUUAACACAGCUGCAGCACUGAACACUGAUAUGAUGAUGAUUCAAUGAUAUGCCUGCUUCUGUUGCCAACGUCGACUAAUCUAAGGUUGCUCUUUUACUUGAUGAUAUAUAUCUUUGUGCAAGACCUUCCUCAACUUUCUAUUUUGUGAUGUUUAUAACCCAUAUAUAAAUAUAUAAUAAAUGGAAUCUAAC